UUAAAAUAUUGUGCAAAGGCUCGCAGUAGGAUCAGUUGUAGUUGAACUUCGUCAGGAAAGUUGGAAAGAUUAAGAUGGAGUCUAAGUUCGUGAUUUUGUUGUUGUUUGUCUUUAUGGCUGACAUAACUUCGGUCGUCAACAGUCAGAGUAAAACUACGGUGAGUUUGUCGUCUUAUGAUAUCUAGGCACUAGAGUUUACGUACGGUACAUUUACUGGUAAUUUAAGAUAAAAGCGAACAUUUAAUCAUUUAUAUCGGACAGCUGUAUCAGUUCUCCCUAGAGGACAAGUCUAUCAGUCCUUGUUGCUCCGGUGUUAUACUACAUGAGGAAACCUAAAGUAAACUACGUUAUUUAUCCUGGCUCAUACAGGACACCUCGAUCAGUUCUAAACUGUUGUCCCUUCACGUUUAGAAUAAGGACAAUCCCUUAUUGUCCCAUGCAGUGUAAGCUCAGGAAUGGAUUUACUGCGGGAGUGCAGGGAUGUGGGCAACACACUCUGGAUCUGGCUGGAUCAAUCCAUGAGUUAGCUACUAGACGAGCUACCUCAUUAAGCAAACUCAUUUUAUUUAUACUAGACAUUUGAUAGCUCUUUGAGUUCUGUCGAAGCUGUUUUCGUUCAUUGUCCAGUAUAAGGACCAUCUUGUAUUGCUAAUUGUGUUAUUAUAUCCUUAACAAAUCUUUGUCAUUUUUUAUUAGUCUUCUCAGGUGACCUGUGGUUCUGCAGGUAUCCCAGGUAUCCCUGGAAUUCCAGGAAAUCCCGGAAGAGAUGGCAUACCCGGGUCACGUGGUCCUGCGGGCGCGAAAGGGGAGCCUGGGGAGAGAGGAGAUGAUUACGUAGAUCUGGUGAAGUCAAAUUGGAAACAAUGUGUUUGGAAGAGAGGUGAUGGCAAAGACACUGGCUUGAUACAGGUUCAAGAAAUUAAGGAUUUUAUGUAUUUAAGUAAUAGUUCAAAUAGGAGAUAGCGGACAUUACCGGGAUAUUUCAAACUCAUUAAUAAUUCAUGAGUAAAUUAGCCAAUCAUAUCGCUUUAUUUUGCUCACAUGAUAAUACUGGAUACCUGGUGAAGUACAUUAAUUCAGUCCUUGGACUGGAUCAAAAUUAAUUCAUUCUUGGGCUGGAUCAAAAUUAAUUCAGUUCUUGGGCUGGAUCAAAAUUAAUUCAGUCCUUGGACUGGAUCAAAAUUAAUUCAGUCCUUGGACUGGAUCAAAAUUAAUUCAGUUGGACUGGAUCAAAAUUAAUUCAGUCCUUGGACUGGAUCAAAAUUAAUUCAGUCCUUGGACUGGAUCAAAAUUAAUUCAGUCCUUGGACUGGAUCAAAAUUAAUUCAGUCCUUGGACUGCAUCAAAAUUAAUUCAGUCCUUGGACUGGAUCAAAAUUAUUUCAGUCCUUGGACUGGAUCAAAAUUAAUUCAGUCCUUGGACUGCAUCAAAAUUAAUUCAGUCCUUGGACUGGAUCAAAAUUAAUUCAGUCCUUGGACUGGAUCAAAAUUAAUUCAGUUCUUGGGCUGGAUCAAAAUUAAUUCAGUUCUUGGGCUGGAUCAAAAUUAAUUCAGUUCUUGGGCUGGAUCAAAAUUAAUUCAGUUCUUGGGCUGGAUCAAAAUUAAUUCAGUCCUUGGACUGGAUCAAAAUUAAUUCAGUCCUUGGACUGGAUCAAAAUUAAUUCGGUUCUUGGGCUGGAUCAAAAUUAAUUAAGUUGUGAUUUAUUCGCAUGAGAUGUUAUUUCAAAUCUUCCAAUUCGGACUGGACUAGAUUUCAAGUCCUCGCAUUUUGAUCCAGUCCUCGACUUCAAGCUCGGACUUGAUCAAAUUGCGCGGAGUUGAAAUCUAGUCCAGUCCUCAUAGUCGUAUUUGAAAUAUUAUUUCAGGUGCCGACUGCGUUUUUCAGUAAAACGAACCACGGACCAGCUUUAUUACAGUCAAAACAGAAAAACCUGCACACUUCCGCUUGUGUAGUUCGUUGUGGCAUACUGUAUUUCUGCAGUAGCUGCUGAAAAAAUGUUUGUUCAAAAAUCGUGCAUUAACAUAUAACUAAUAGCUGUUGUAGAAUUUAUUGAUUAGCCAACACACAUUCCAUCCAAAAUAAUGCUAACAAACAAACAUAAGUCAAGAAUAAGCGGUUUCUUUCGUUAAAUUUUUCCGAGCUUCUACAGAAAUACAGUAUUACACAACAAACGGCAGUAACUGAAGUGUGCAGGUAUUUCCGUUUUGACUUUAAUGUUCGGGAUUUUGAAAUCCUAUUAAGUCCGAACUCGAGAAUUUGAACUAAAUUCCGUCAAACGUUGUAAUUUACACAGUUUUAUUUAAAAUCUGAUUUUAACGUUCCGAUACUUUUAGUGUCCUGUAAGACAUCUUCCUUUAGUUUCUACUGUUAAUUAAUAAGCCGGUUUGAGAUGAUAUUCUUACAACCUUCUUUGGUACGGCAAAAUUUAAAUGUUUGGUUCACACUUGGCUAAGUUUCUGGCCAAUUUUAAAAUUGCAAAUUCUUACCCUGCAACUAAACCUUAACCACCGCUCUAAUCCAAACCUAAUCCCAACAAACGUAGAGCAAAUCUUAAGAUAAUCCUUGUCCCUACCUUGAUAUAUGUAAUCCUUACCUAAUCUUAGUUUAGUUAUAAUCCUUGCGCUUACUCUAAUAGUAAUCUAAACGUAAUCCCACUUAAUAGCAAUCCUAAAUUUUUCAUCUAAUCACUAAAUUAAUCCCAAACUAACCAUACCCAAAACCCAAUGUCCUAACCUUAAGGUGGCGCUAAUCUAAUCUCUGAGCUAAUCCUAACCUAAUCUAGUUCUUAGCGUAAAGUUAAUCUAAUUCAUACAUUUAGCUAAACUAAUCCAAAGGCUUUGAAGCCUGAUCUAAUACUUACCCUUAACCUAAUCUUAUCCUAAUUAUCCUUUGUCUUUUCUGUUCAUAUAGAACUGUAUUUUCAACAAGAAAUACGACAACACCUCACUCCGUGUGUUCUACGAAGGAAACCUACGUUCUUAUGGCAGUCAGGUUUGCAAUCGAUGGUAUUUUACAUUUGAUGGUGCAGAAUGUACAAAACCUGCGACUAUUGAAGGAAUUGUUUACGUUAAAUCGACCCAAAUCAACCCCCAUUAUCACCGCCAUAUUGAAGGGUACUGUAACCAGGUUCCUAAAGGUCACAUACGUGUUGGGUUCUGGAUAGGCAAGUGUCAGAGUCAUAGUCUCGGAGAUGGUUAUACUGGAUAUAUUUCGAUGUCUCGUAUUGUGAUUGAAGAAGUACCACCUCCUCAAGCUUAAUAUCAUUCAAGAAAAAAGAGUACUAUUCAUAUCAUACUAUAUAACCAAAUUAUACAAAUAUAUAACUUUUACGAAAGAGAAUUGGAAAAUAAAACUGAAUUCAUUAUCAGUUAUGUUUCUGUAAGUAUCAGAUAAAAUCAAUAAAAUACUUUUUCAGCAU